AUGUUCGGGCGGGCGCAGGCACUGCUGCCGAAUGCGGAGGCAUCGAGAAAGGCUGAGCACCAGGACGUCUUCAACGAGCACACGACCACGCGGGAGAUGCGGCGCUGCUCCGUGGUCGGCGAGAUGUCGCAGGCCUCGUGCACCGUGGGCCAAACCGGCGGGUUCUGGCAGCGGGUCAGGCUGUUGUACAGCUUCGCUGACAACACGACCACCGCCGCCGCCGCCGCCGCCGCCACACCGAUGCGCGCCCGCAAAGCUGCGAGGGCGGCAAGAAACGACGCGUCGCAGACCUCGGACACUGCAGCGCCUGACCACCGCAGUGUGGCGCGAGUGAGCGUCCCGCCGGCGCCCGGUCAACAGCAGCCGGCUAGGAGACAGCCUCGACCACGUGCUGCGAGACGGCGACCGGAAGCGCGGGUGAACACGUGCCUGCAGUCGUGCGUGUUCUUGCUGAGCACCGUGCUCGUGGUUCUGCUGCUUCCCGCGCUCAUCCUGCUGACCCCGUACAUGCGCGGUGCCCGCGAAGCGGCUGCCUACGCCGGCGGAGUGGCGCUCGAGACUGUCCAACCGGUUCACACGUAUCGGCUGCCCAACGAGAAUGCGUCCCAUUGCGUCCGCCGUCGCCGCUUCGUUGUCGGCACGUCGGCGACGCCGGUGAAUGUGAACGCCGCUAGGACCGCGUUUAAGCAGGCCAGCCUCAGGCUUCCCGUCAUUCGGCGCCGGCGUCUGGUGUGCCUGUACAAGGAGGCGUCCGACACCAUGAACCUGUUGGAGGACCUCUUCAACAUGUGCACCGACGUUGUCUACGGAGAGUUCUACCUGGACAAGGCCGGGCUGUCCUCGAAGCAGCCGACGCUGGAUCGCAGGCUGCCGGACAAGUCUCGAUACGCGCACGCACCUCGCCUUCUGGGCUGGGUGGGCGGCGAGCUGGGCGACGCCGGCGACUUCUCGAGGCUCGCCGGGGAGUCCGCGAGGACGCUGCAAGGUUUCGUCCAGAAUUUCGCGUCGUGGCUACAAACGUGGUCUUUCGACGGUGCGCACCUGGACUGGCGGUACCCCGGUGGUCCUUGUGAGGUGGACGAUGAUUACUACACUUUUGUGAGACUCCUGCAAUUCCUGCGGAAGAAGACUCGUCUUCUCUCAGUGGCCCUUCCGUACAAGGAGGCAAUGCUUGCCAGACGCUUUGAUAUCAGCAAUAUUGCUAGCCUUGCCGACAUGUUGGUCGUGAAUACUGACGAGACGUUGGCCGAGGACUACACCGGUCAGCCAAGCUGCCCAGGCGCAGCCCUGCCUCAGGUGGCAGCCUCCUUGUGGAGGGUUCGGCGCAUGAUGGCUGCUGCCUCGGAGCUGCAGAAACCGCAGACCCCUGCCAACCGGAACGUGCAGCUCUGCCACACCGUGUCGCUAGCUUCCGUCGUCUAUUACCGGAGCUUCGCCCAGCCCUCCAACUUGAGCAAAGGCCUUUUCGUCGUGAGCUCGGUGGUUCCAUACAGCGACCACUGCCUGAACAAGGCGGGCUACCGAAAUCAGCCGCUCCUCAACGAGCCCGGAUGCACGGCCCUCGUGCGGGAAAGCAGCAGCGCCCCCAGAGUGAUAGCUUCGGCCGGGCCCGACGAUCUUCGACGUCGGCUGGAGCAGGCCUACGUAGUUCACGACUUUGGGCACGAGUGCGUCGCCGCCGCUGCACUCGCGUACGACGAUUACGCGGGGCACUGCGGACUCGGCCGGUGGCCACUACUUCGAGCCCUCUACUAAUCCUAGAUACCUGACCCCAGUGCAUCCUGAUUGGUCUCUCCCGGGUACAGAGUUUCAAGACUGACUGGUAUCUCGUCCGCUACCGGACCAGCUCUACUAUCGGGGCAUUGUUCUUCUGGAGCGGUCCACUAUAAAUGUAUCGGAUGUAUUCAUGAAAUGCAGUGAUAUCGCAGUGAAAAUGGAAGCUUUUGUUUUGUUGAUUAAUGGUAAGUGAAAUUUAGACUCUAGUCUUUGUUGCUCUGAUUUUUCUUUCUUUACUGAUCACCC